AUGGAUUCACAACCGGGUUUGCUGUUAAACGACGCUGCUUUUGCCCGUGUAACCGAGCAAAACAAACCUGUAUUUAUUUAUGACUGGUUGCGAAGUCUUGAUCGACGACUUUCUCAGUCGACAAAAACAGAUGUCAAGAAUGUCCAGCAAUCUCUCACAGACCAGCUCAUGGUUCAAGUCUCCGAAGGUGUGGGUCCCCCAUCAAGAAAACUCUUGGGAAGAUGCUUGUCUAAGAUUUUUAUUACCGGUGAUUCAAUAGCCCUCUAUGGGGUGCUUAAUAGCUGCAACGAUAUUUUGAAGAUUCGUGAUGAUGGUCCUGCAGCCAUCAACAAGCGAUUGACUGCAUUAACUUGUCUUGGAAUUAUCUACAGAAGUCUCGGUCGCCUUUGUGGUCGCUCUUUUGAGGAAACUGUUGGUAUUUUAACAAAAAUGAUAAAACAGGUUGAAUCGCAAACUCGCUGUGAGAUAUUGACAACACUUAGGCUGAUUGUAGCCGGCUUUGGGGCCGCUGAAAGCCUGUGUUUUCGGGAUAUUUUCAAAGUUGCAAAGUCCUUUAUCAAUGAUCGUGUGCUUUCUGUUCGGCUUGCCGCUGUACAGUGCCAUAACAGUCUGGCGCAAUCCCACCCAAGCUUCUAUACUAACGACCUCAAUGCAAUGAUGAGUAUGUGCGUGAAAGGCCUAGAUGGAUCUAACCACGCUGUGCGAAUCGAGAUCGCCAAGCUACUGGGUCGUAUCCUCGCCAAAACACAACUCGAUUUGCCUGUCGUCGGAGGCAACGCAAAUUCAGUCACUGCCGUCUCCUCAGCUAGUGGCUCAUCCAAUCAAAGCAGCGCGCAACGAGGCAAGUCAGUCAACUUGGACGACGUCUUAGCUCUCCUUUCUUCUGCUUUCCUGCGUGGCCCUGGUCGUUUUCACAAGGGCGCCACCGCCUCAGACAUGCUCAAAGGCACGAACAUAGUUAGUCGCGAGGUUAGAGCUGGUAUCUCCUAUGCCUACGUGGAGUUCUUCUCCAACAUGGGCUCUGAUUGGUUGGUUGCUAAUUCCAUGACCGUCAUCUCUCACUGCCUCUCCCUCCUGGCCAACCCUCGUUCAACUCAGACGCCCAAUGAAGCCAAUUUUACUCGCUCCUGCGUCGGUAGCUACAUCCUCUCCAGUCUCUUCCGACGUCACUUUUCCGAGGCUGCUCAGAUAGCCGCGGCACGUCACCUUGUUCGCCUGAUUGCUUCCCGUCGACGGGGUCAAAAUGGCGCGGGCAGGUCACUGCGAGCGUCACAGUCCACGGGACAGCUAGAACAGGAGGCGGACAGCGCUGGUACAAGUGAGGACGUGGUUGUCGGAGACGAUCCCCACUACCUAGUCUGCUGUCUGGACGCGUUGACAGAGUUGAUUCGAUGGCUGGACUCUACUGUGGCUCCGCUUGUCCUGCCUCCAUCCGACCUCGUGGACGCCGUCUUCGACGUCUGUCUUCCACACUCGGCUCUCGUAGUGCGCGUUUCGGCUGCAGCGGUGCUGCGUCAGCUGGCCAUUGCACUGCCGGGUCAUCGUGUUCCUCUCAUGGACCGUUGUAUGACCACUCUAAGCACCAUUGGCACAAGCCAGUCCACUUGCUCCCCCGAAACCAUCUCCGGCUAUAGUCUGGCCCUCGGUGGGCUAGUCGCUGGAUCUCGCCUCGGUGACCUUGGAAUUCCAUACGCUAAAGGGAAAGCGGUAUUCUCAUUGGCUGAAGACCUCCUUCGAGCAGCCAAUCAAAACAGUUGCCUGACAGCUGUUCGUACCCAGGGUGGUUGGUACCUUCUGGGUGCUUGCAUGGCGCUUGGACCCACAAUCGUGCGUCCCCAUGUUCCACGACUCAUCCUCCUCUGGCGAAACGCGUUUCCACGUAGCAACCGAGAGCUCGAAGCGGAGAAGCAACGCGGAGAUGCCUUCACCUGGCAGGUGACCUUGGAGGCCCGGGCCGGUGCGCUGUGCUCAAUGCAGGCCUUCCUGGAGUACUGUGCACCGUCAAUGGCCAACGAGAACGUCGCGCGUCGCCUCCUGCCGUCUCUCGACUGCGCUCUCAACCUGCUCGGCCAGUUGCCCGACAUUGUCCGUCUCUUCGGCACCCAUCUAGCCCAGCCCGCUGCUGUCGUGCGCCUACGUCUCUACCGGUGUCUCGCCCUGCUCCCUCCCACCGCCUAUUCCAAUAUGGGGGUUCAGCUGCUCCCUAGCGAACCCGCCUUCACCCACGAUGGCGAGCGAGUGACAGGCUACCCACGCCCCAACCCGCUGAAACUGAAUUUACCGAUAAUCAGUUGGUUAAUGAAGGCCUUCCUGAUGCGUCUCCUUACGUCAGGUGGAUUCAACGUGUUGCUGCGUGAACUGGUUGCUGAGUUCACUCUGACCGACACCAAUUCAAGCACUGCAGUCUCCCUGCCGAGUCUGCUCUCCCAGGGCGAGGACAGCGUCGUGGCAAACGCCUGGUGCCAGAAUUCGGACCAGCAACUCCUGGAGGAGGGUAUUGUGCAACACAGCUGCUGUUGUCUGGGUUCACUAGGCAAUGACUCGGCGCAGCUCUUUCUUCAGGAAGGUCUCAACGCAGCCGUCUCCACCGACGCCUCAACAGCGGACUACGCGUUCAAGCUGCUCCAGGACGACCAAAACGACGCGCCGUCGGCUGCCCGAACCUCCGCCAAACUGGGCAGUGGAAGGUUCGCCCAGCCGCCCGAAGAUGUCCACUCCAUCGUCGUCAUCCGGCGCCACCACCUCCACGGACCGCCCGGCCUCGCCUCGCUCGUUCUCGAAGCGUCAAUUUGCCUCUUCAGCGUGGUCCUGCCCUACGUCUCGGUGCGCCAUCGCACCCAGAUGCUGGAGCACUUCGCGGAGUGCAUUCGCGUCUCGAAGGCCGCCCGGCAGGAGGCCAUUCAAAUCAACAUCUUCGCGGCUCUGCUGUGCGCCUGGCGUCGACUGGCCGACACCAAGUUCGCCUUUGGUGACGACAAGGCUCUGCGCGCAGCCGCCGUCUCCUUGGCCAUGAGCGCGCUUUCCAGCGCGAACCCGGUGCUGCGUUUCUGCGCUGCCGAGUGCGUCGGUCGUCUAGUCCAGGUUGUCGGUGAACCGGUUUUCUUAGCGGAACUGGCUCAAACCUGCUUCGACCAGUUGCGCUACAUGCGCGACUCCUACACGAGGGCGGGUCUCUGCGCCGCCAUUGGCUGCCUCCAUCGAUUCGUCGGGGGUCUGGCGUGUGGCCAACAUCUCAGCACCAGUGUCGGAGUGCUGCUUGCAGUCGCACAAGACUCCAGCGCUCCCACCGUCCAAGUGAGUCACUUCAAACUUCACCAGUGUGUCCCGUCGUCUUACCUGCCGACGGACGUGCAUUUGUUUCCAUUGGCACGUUCCGGGCCUUUGCUUCUCAAAAAAUCGACGGCCUGGGCUCUGAACGCGCUGGCUCUGACCGCCGAGUCUGGUGGCCCAAUGUUCAGGGAGUUCGUCCAGCCCAGCCUCAAUCUGGUCCUGCGUCUCCUCCUCAAAACCCCCUUCACCGUCACCGACAUGCACGCCAGUCUUGGCGGUCUCCUUGGCGCUCUUAUAACCACCGUCGGACCGGAACUGCAGUGUAAGUCGGUCGUCUCCAAAGGUGCUUGCUUGGAAUCCGCUUGUUCCGUGGGCACCUACCGCCCUCUGUGUGUUCGACACCAUUGCUCUGCCUCUAGCGGAAACCCGAAAUCCAACGCCGGACUCUCGUGUCUACUUUGUUGUUCCAUCCUCCUGGAACACCCCGACCCUCUGCUCAAGGCAGAAGGCAUCGCCAACUUCCAGCGCGUCCACGUCUUCGCUCCGCAUCUCGUCAAUCUGAAUUUAUUCGCCCCUCUUCUAUUACUAUGGCUGGGACGUCACGAACCAAGCAUGUCGCGAACAGGCAUCGGUGUUGUAGAGGACUCGACAGAAGUAGAUCGUUUGUGGCAGAAUUCGUUUGGUGAAUCACUUCGUAAGAGCAUAGUCAGCUCGUGUGUGUGCUCGUCCUCGUGUUUCCUCUCACGUUCUCGCUUCGGGUUUGUGGUACAAGAUCGUCUCACCGUCUCUCGUUUCACCGACGACUGCCAUCUUUUCCAGGGAUGUCUGACGAGCAGUUGCUUUGGUCUGCGGCGUGCCGUCGUCGCCUGUCUACGACAGAUCAGUCAGAAGGAGGCCAACGGGAUUUGCGAUGUGGUUGGCGCCGCUAGCCCCCAGUCCGCCUCCCCUGCACCUCGUCCCAACAACGCCUUCAUCGGCAACCUCCCAGACGAGACACCAAGCGGCCAGUCAGCGGUCACCUCUAGCCUGCCCCUAGGGGCGGUUCUCUUCAGUCUCCUAGACGUGGAAACGGAUGCUCGCUUGCGUGGCAACAUCGAGGAGUGCAUCCUGAAUCUGCUGCAGGCUCGUGGCAUUUCGCACUUUUCCGAGUGGAUGAGGACUCUCAAACAGCUGCUCCAGGCAACAACCACAAAAUUCACCUCUGGAAUGACCACUACCGAUCAACCAGGAGGCACGAGGGCGUUGAAGCAGAAGCACGGGAAUGUUCCAGGUGGCGGCGAAGGCAACAACGUCGAGGGAGGCGUGGAGGACGAUGACGACGACGACGGUGAUGAUGACGACGAUGAACAGAGCUUCGGUGAUGUUGCGGAAUCGCGCGGUGAACAGCUGCGCACCGGCGACGGCAUCUUCAAUCUCCCGCCCAAGUGGCCAACACGCGCACUGGCAGUCGCCUGCCUCCAUCGCCUGGUAUUCCUCUGCCACGAGGCCUACACUCUGUCUACGACGACGUCUACAACCAAGGACGACCUCCGGAGCCCCCUUCUCGUGCACCUCAACCCACGUGACUCCCAAUCCACGCUCGUGCCAGGCCAGUGCCGCGCGCACUUUGAUCUGUCGCUCGCGCGGAAACUCCGCUCUGGGGUCGCCGACGCGCCGUGGCUUGUGCUGCAUCUGGGCGACCUUGUUCGCAUGACCUUCAUCGCGGCCACCUCAGGCAGCGACCAGUUGAGGGUGCUCGGCCUGCUCGCGCUCAGGGACGUCAUCCGGUGCUUCGCCCCCGUGCCCGAUCCCGACUCCGCAGGCCACUACCUCCUAGAGCAAUUUCAGGCGCAAAUUUCCGCAGCUCUGCGGCCCGCAUUCACGCCGUCCAGCAAACCCGAGGACAAUCAGUCGGUCGCCGGCCCGUCUACGGAGCCAGCACCCAGCAUCACGGCAGCUGCUUGUGAGGUGUGCGCGUGUUGGCUCACCUCGGGCGUCCCACGCGAUGCCGCCGACCUCCGACGUAUCCACGAACUCCUCACUGCGUCCCUCGAGAUCCUUCGGUCGUCGCCUUCGUCUGCCGACGCCAACCAGGUCUACUCCGAGGCGUCGGUGACCCGUCUCAAGUUGGCCGUGCUCUCGGCGUGGGCGGAGGUGUUCAUCGCGUCGUCGAGAUUCCGAGAAUCCGCGCUGCAGGCUAUUCAGUUGCUCUCGUUGCUGGAGAGCAGUGGUCGUCCAGGUAAUGACGAUGACGACGACGUCGUCCAUCGGCAUUUUCUCAUGAUGCUGGGCGGGGGUGGCGGCGGUUGCUGGGGCCAACCCUCUGUGACCGAUGUGUCCAAUUUCCUCGAGGCCCUGGAAGAGGAUGCUGACGACGAGGAAGAGGAGGGUCUAUACGCGGAAGAUGACGACGAAGAAGAUGAUCCAGAUUCUAGACUCGACGGUCAAAAGCGAAAGAAACGGUUCAUACGAAAGCUGCGCCGUACCGUCAAUGAGUCGCGGCACUCCUACCAACUCCUCUCGCAGCUGAUUGGCCCAGAUCUCACAGAGCUGGCAUCUGAUUGGCUGACCGCUCUGCGUGAUUUCGCCCUCAUCAACCUGCCCGAUGAGCUGGCCUUCCAGCGACCCACAACCACUGGGGCCUUCUAUGACACCCAGGCAGGUAUCGAUCAGGUACGGCCGUUCUACGCGCGUUCGUGGCUAGUGUUGUUGGAGGCGGCGACUCUAUGCAUGAACACCGAGACCAAAUAUCCCUCAGAGUCGACGUAUUCCCCAGCCGAAGAGACUGACAAGCAGGCCGUGAUUCCGAUGACGCAUAUCUUUUUGUGUGGCGUUGAAGGUAUGUCCAUGGAGGCCAUUGCCGACAUCAUCUCGAAGCCGUCGACCCACGUGGUGGCCAAGUGCCUGCGGAUAGUCGAGCUCCUCCUCACCAACCCCCAAUCUCGUCCGCACUUCUUCACCUCCUCCCCGCGGCUACCGGUGGAGUUGUUGUCGGUCCUCCACCGCGUCAUCCUCACGCGUGACUCCGUCGCACUGCACUUGGCGUGCAUGCGUGUGCUCCACUUGAUUCUCGCCUCCGCCACUGACAAGCUUCGUGUUGCCGUGUCAGCUGACGUCAAAGCAGCCAGGAGUGCUGACACAACGCCACCCGUUUCGUCAGUUGGAGGCGGUGGAGAAGAGGGACGUGGGGCUACUCAAAUGGAUGCAGCGUUUUGUCUGGGCACUGCGCAAAGCGUGGAAGAACUGUUCGCCUACCUGACGUGUCCUUCUGCAAGUGGCGUGGAAGCGGUUGUGAAGGCGCUUGAGUUGGCUGACGGAGGUGCGAGGUCGUGUUUCGACGGAGGCGACGAGAGCCGAACUCCCGAAUGCCGACUCACCAUCACAGUUCUCCAGGUCGUCGUGUGUCUGCUCGCGCGCUAUCAUCCAUCGGUGUUGCAGAUGCCAACCCCACAAUCGCCCCCCAAACAGCCAGUGCUGUUGCCCAAGUCGUCGGCGUCGCGUCAUCGAAAGGCACCGGUGGUCCUGGCAAGCGCGUUCCACGCCCUCACCGCCCUCCUUCGCAUCUGCUCACCCGAUGUCCUCUCGACGUCCACCAAACUCGCGGUGUCCGGCGUGUUGCCGGUCAUGUGCCAACUGGUAUCGCGAACCACUCAGGUUAGACUCGCUGAUCUGCCAACCGAGCAACUGGAAGGGGUGCUUUCACAACCGCUGCCGCGUGUCCGCCAUCGUCGCAGUGUCAGCGCGAACGUGGAUACGCAGAGUGUGAUUUGA